AUGUCAAAUACUACUAGAUCAAGAAGGGUAAUACCAUCUACCUUGAACUCACCUACAACAGUUAGAGUAAAUCAGGUGACAGAUAUAUUGCAAGAUCAAGCCGAAUCAUUUUUGACAGAAUUCAUCGAUGCUAGUGAAUAUAAUAAUAAUCCAUUAAAUGUUACAAAUCAAAAUCAAAGUAAAGGAUUUUCAAAUAACAGCGAAACUUUUGCAAUACUAUCACAAUUGAAAAGAAUACAAAGGAGUCUUAGAGGUCUACCACCACUCGCAGAAAAUACCACUAAUGAUGAUACUACACCUGUUAAUAAAGAUGAUGAUAUAGAUAAUGAAAAAACUGUAUAA